GAUGGUAACACGUACUCCAACAACUGCCAGCUUAACGUAGAGGCCUGCAAACCAGAAAACAGAGAAACUCUUCGCUUGGAUCAUGAUGGGCCUUGUGCAGAUCCAUGUAGUCUGACUUCAGACCCUGGUCCCUGUUUCGGUUCCUUGGAGCAUUACUUCUAUAAUACCGAGACCAGGAACUGCGAACCGUUUCCCUAUGGGGGUUGUCAAGGCAACGCUAACAACUUCGAAGACUUAAAUACGUGCCAGCAGAUAUGCGAUCCAUGUAGUCUGCCUGCUGACCCUGGUCCCUGUUUUGGUUCCUUGGAACAUUACUUCUAUAAUACCCAGACCAGGCACUGCGAACCGUUUAUCUAUGGGGGUUGCCAAGGCAACACUAAYAACUUCGAAGCCUUAACUACAUGUCAUCAGACAUGCGAUCCAUGUUUUCAGCCAAAAGACCCCGGUCCAUGUUUUGGUUCCUUCGAACGUUACUCCUACAAUAUCGAGACCAAUCAGUGCGAAGAAUUUAUCUACGGAGGUUGCCAGGGCAACGGUAACAACUUCAAUACCUUGGAAAGGUGUCACCAGGCAUGCGUUGUUUGCUAAAGAGGCUCGAAUCAAGUAGAAUUAAAAGACGCUCAUGGAUUCAAGUUAAUGGAAUAUAAAAAUAAAUUGCUUC